UUUCGCGUCUUCAUCGCCCAUCGUCAUGAACGUGCUCCGCGCCUGGUCACUCUCCUCCUCCUGUCGUUCGUUGCCAUUGCGUUCGGUGACACGCCAGCUAGAUGCAAAGUUCUUCAGCACAUCUGUAAAAAUAAACUCCUCGCAGUCGUUCACAGCCGUGUGGCAGAAGCCUUGCAAUGCAUCUACAACUCAAAGCCUGUUCUCCCAAACAUCCCCGCUAUCUCGUCAUAUCCUCGCACUCCGUGAGUCGUUUCGACCUCGAACCGGUCUAGGCUGGUACAGGGACUCCUUUUCAAGAGGAACGCCAGUAAAGCGCGGCGUGUCAGGUCGUAACAGUCAAUCUCCGUACCCCCAACAAUUUGGACCAUACGAUCGGUUCCGUCGCUGGUUCGAUCAGUUCCCAUCUGAAUUUAUUGUAUGGGGAAUCAUUGGGAUAAAUGGUGUUGUCUUCUUGGCCUGGCAGUAUGCCAUUGACAGAGCAAAAAAUGGAGAUCCGUCUCUCUUAAUCAUCAUGUCCCGCAACGUUCAAAACAGCUGGCGAAAUAUCCGUGAAGGACGACUCUGGUCAAUCAUUGGAUCCACAUUCUCCCACAACAAUGCAGGCCACAUCCUCCUCAACUGCAUGUCAUUCUACUUCAUGGCUCCGCCAAUCGUGAACCUCAUUGGAAAUACGUCAUUCAUGACCUUGUAUUUCUUCGGUGGCAUCUCGUGUAGCAUGCUCAGUCUUCUCCUGAACAAGACCGUCUCGAAACGCGACGGAACCUCACACGGUGCAAGCGGCGCAAUAUUCGCCGUCGUGUCCUUCUUCGCGUGCGUCUCUCCAAAGACCACGUUUCUCAUCUUUGGGGUGAUACCUGCUCCUGCAUGGGCGGUUGUUGGUGGCUUCUUCAUUUGGGAUGGAUUAUCUGCCCUUUCAGAUCGCAGGACCAUAUUCGAUGGUGCUGGACACGUUGGGGGGAUUCUCGCUGGUGUAGUAUACUACCUCGCUAAGAGACGCCUGCUAUUCUUCUUAAAGUGAGAUCUACGCAUCUUACUGGAAUCUCAUAUUUUAUCGCAAUUCAUAAUCGAAAUGUAAGUUUGCACCAUAUGUGGAAAGAGUUG